GCAAGCAAUAGAGGGUGGUGUGACAGGCGAGGAGGACUGCCUUGUCCUGAGCUACUAAUCUUACGACCUACAAGAAACCAUUCCCAACACGCGUCUCAAACGCCAAAUAGUGGAGGACGGCAAGCAAUGAAUGGUGGCUUGAUUCAAGGGCCGGUCCAACCCACGUGUCCAAACACAAGCAGCCAUUUUUGUCAGCUCCCAAGCUAUUGGCUCCUCCUGUCUCUAUAUAUUGAACCAUCUACCCGCCAUGAAUAGUUGAAUUGAACCCUGAAAGAGGAGACCCAAAGAGAGAAUAUGGCCAUCAGAACCACUUGUCGCCUCAAUCUCUCCCCUCCAGGCUCUGGCUCAACCCUCCCUUCUUCCUCUACAAGGAACUCCCAGGUUGCCUGGUUCAAGAAUGAAAAGUGGAGGAAUCGAUGUGUACUGGGCGCGGCGUGCAUGAUAAUUGGACUUGAAGUGGGUGGUGGUUUAGUGGGUGGUGAAGAUCUUGCCAUGGCUAGGGAGAUGCAGGUGGCUGUGGAAUCAAAAGAAAACUUGAAAGGGCCAAGGUGGAGUGACAAGAGAAUGUGCCCUCCAUGGAGUCGGAAUUCGCUAGAGACUAUUGUGCCGGAGAACCUUCCAAGGCCAUCGGCUCAUAGGAGGUGGGAAGAAGUUGGCUUUUCCAAGAACAAUGCUCCGGCCGUCAAAGUGAUUGUGAUCAAAAGAAGCAACGGUUGCUUCUCCAUGUAAUUAAAACAUACGCAAUUUCAUUUGUCAUUGCAUACAUGUAUUGUGUUAAGAAGUUUAGGAAAAGGAUCGUAUAUGUAUACAAUAUGCUUAGUAAACAUUGUUGAAAUACAUCAAUAAGAUUUACCAAUUUUAGCUUCA